AUGGCUCCUUGUCCUUGCGUUUCAGAUUCAAGACCUCUUCCAGAUGUCGCGCUGACUGGGAAGUGCACCCGCGAGUGUGACGAGUACGGCCACUCGGACUCCUGCUGGAUGCCCGUGCGCACGUCCCCCGAGAGGAAGAGGAGCCAGCCCAAACUCUCCACUUUCAUGCCCGUCGACGAGCGAGGCAGCCAGGAAAAGCUGGCCAACGGCGAGGCCGCCGUCCUGGGUGACCGCAACAGAAACCUCCUGAACAAAAAGUUGACCUCAUCCUAUGACACCUUCAGUGCAGCGAGUUUCAGCAAAAACGAGGAAGCCAACCCCGAGGAUAUCCCCCUGACCAAAACGGGGGAGUACAAGCCAUCGCCCGUCAAUACUCUCACUAGAAGAGAAGUUUACCUGUAGGCUAGAAAGAAGCAACAGCAAAGCUCUUCUGGUGUGGGAGAAGGAGAAUAAGGGGCAUAAAAUAAAAAAGAAAAAGAAAACCUCACAAAGUAAAACCGGUUCAUGAAAAGGAAGGGGGCUACCAAAGAGACAAAGCGUUGCCUGCCAAUCCUGCCCCCGCCGGGCCUUUAGCGGGACUGUCAGCCUGACGGUCGUGUACAAUGUAGAAACCAUCCUUGCUACCUGCAUGUCGGACCCUCCCCAUCCCCAGCACCGCUCUCCCUCUUCCCCACCA